GGCUUGGGUGGAGUCCGGUGUCCCGGUCCGGCUUGUUCCCCGCCCCGAGAGGCAAACGCUUCUCCGGUUGGAUUCCGCGGUCGGUUUUAGUGCGUGAAGAUGGAUGAAGUUUAAGUUCCAUAGCUGCAUGCUGCUGCCUGUCACACAGCUGGUUCGCCGGCCCUUCCGCUACAUCCGUGCUUCGGGCCGCCUGCCCUCACGCUCCCUCAUGAAUCUCCGGGAGCUCGUUUCUGCCCUGAAUGACUUUGCAUCCCUCUCUCUGGCUGAAAGCUGGGACAAUGUGGGGUUGCUGGUGGAACCAAGUCCUCCCCACACUGUGAACACCCUUUUCCUCACUAACGAUCUCACUGAGGAGGUGAUGGAAGAGGCAGUGCAGAAGGCGGUAGACCUUAUUCUUUCUUACCACCCUCCUAUAUUCACACCACUCAAGCGAGUAACGUGGAAGACCUGGAAGGAACGGCUGGUAGUCCGAGCCCUGGAGCACAGAAUCGGGAUUUACUCUCCGCAUACCGCAUAUGAUGCCAUACCCCAUGGAGUCAAUAACUGGCUAGCAAAGGGACUCGGUGCCUGUACUUCUGUGCCACUGCAUCCAUCAACUGCGCCAAGCUAUCCAGCUGAGGGCACUCACCGGGUAGAAUUCUGCGCAGACAACACUGAGCAUCUGGACACGGUGCUGUCCAAAAUCAAAGACAUCCAAGGGAUCUCCUGUCUCACUACUCUCCCUGCCAGGGUUGAAGGUGAGGAGCAAACAAGAGUCAGUUUGAACUGCUCUCAGAAAGCACUGUUGGAGGUGGUGGCAUUAUUGUCCCAGAACAGCCGCCUUUAUCACAAGACCGAGAUUCUCUUAUUACAAAAGCCUCUUCUUCCCCAUACUGGAAUGGGACGUCUGUGCACACUGAGCGAGCCUGUCUCCUUGUCAGACAUAAUUGAGCGUAUCAAAAGCCACCUAAAAUUACCCCACAUCCGCUUAGCCAUGGGAAUGGGCAAGACACUAGAAUCACCAGUGAAGAAAGCUGCUCUGUGUGCUGGUUCUGGAAGCAGCGUCCUGAAAGGAAUGGAAGCUGACCUCUAUCUCACAGGAGAGAUGUCCCACCAUGACGUUCUGGAUGCAGUUGCCAAUGGGAUAAGUGUUAUUCUGUGUGAGCACAGUAACACUGAGCGAGGCUUCUUGACAGAGCUGUGUGACAUGCUAGCUAUCCACCUACAGAACAAGAUCAACAUAAUUGUGUCUGAGAAAGAUAGAGAUCCCCUCCAGGUGGCAUAGGAAAAAAAAAAUAGGAGUGAGAGAAUUCAGUCAAGAGUUUCAUGGUAUCUUGCACAGACCUAUCCAACUGCAAGCUUAAUUAGGAUGGUCUGAAUUGGUUCAGUACAGAAUGACUAUAUUACAUGUUCCCUCAAAGUUUGGGAUAUAUUUUGUCAUCUGUCAGAUAAAUAAAUGCUUGUUUUGGGCUACAG